AUGAAUCUGAUAGGAAUAGUGUCGGUGUUGAUCUGUCUUGGUGGCAGUUUGCAUGCUGCUCCUACGCCCUGUGAACUGGCGAACGCGGAGGAUACCGUGUGCCAGCAAACCGAGUAUGAAGCGUACCGUGAUUGCAUCGAAGAAGCUAAAGAGAGUCGAAAAAAGAGGCAAAUAAUGCCUUGCCCACCGGUCAUCGUCGAACCGGUCGUACAGACGGCAAAGCCGUUCGAGAUCUUCGUACCAGUGCAACCGUUGCCAGCUUCAAAGAAGCCUCCCCUGCUCAAAAGCCUCGACCGUACGGUCAUUGUGCGGCCCGACACCAACCAGAUCGACGAUGGUGCGGAUGACUACGAAAACAGCGUGCACUAUCGCGUGCCGGUCAAUGUCACGACCGUCAUCCGGCUCACCAACAUAGUGAACAACACGAACCACAUACACAUGCCGACCACGCUCAACAACACCAACGUGAACAACAUCCAUGUGUACACGAAUCUUACCGAAGUCGUGCCGGGUGAUGGUGACGAACCGUGCUGUACGGCUGUCCGGCCCAAAAGUUGCCACACGUCCACGCAGGGCGUUCGGUGCAAACACCACAAAUUUCAAACUUGCGGACCACAGUGUACGGCUAAGGUUAUCCACGUCCAGAAGCGAACUCGGUGCAAUCGAAGUACCGGUGAGUGUAAGGAGAAGAUCGCGUACGUACCUCAGCCAGAAAAACCGACCUGCGUGUACGUGGACGAGUGGCCGUACGUAGUGUGCGGGAAGCUGGCUAACAUGAGUGUGAUAUGUGAGGGUUGCUACGACCACUACGGGUACGGGUAUGAGCCGUUUAAUGGACAUGCGAGAAUCCAGGACCAGUGUCGCGGAUGCUAUGAUGAUGCGUUCGAUGUAGGUCCUAAGUAUAGGCGAGGGCCGGUCCUGCGUCCGUUCUACUACCAUCAAGCACCUUGCUUCCUUGCGAGUAAUUGCGCGGACAGCUAUGAAGACUGUGGAUAUGGUUGCUAUGGCCAUGAUCGGAUCGAUCCAGCCUGGGGACAGCCGGGCAUGCAGUCAUUCGAUCCGGCGUUCAAUCCUUCCAACGUGAUCUACUACGAUCCAGACGAUUAUCCCAUCACGAACGAGGCAUCAGACGAUUGGGGCGUACCGACGGCCAAGUGUGCGGUGGUUACUGACGGCGGCACUAUUACGGUGAAGAACUGUACGCAGGGGGUGGACAAUCCGUACAUGGCCGCUCCGGCCACCCUACCAAUCUACAAACAAAUGUGGCAGGAAAAGAAACCGUCCAACAGCAAACCGGCAUCAAACGUAACGGUCGACGAUGACACCGACGACUACGGUUCGGGUGAUGACGACGGUGCGUCGAACAAUGAGGUGUUUUUCGUGGACGAUUUCGCGGAUGAUGAAUCGUUUGAUCAGUAG